CGCUUGUACAUUUCUGUGUGCGGCUACAACCGCAGUUCCUGAGACUGAAGUCGAAUGAGACGGGAGAGGAGGCUGAAAUACGAUGAUGGAUGGUCCGAGCCGUUUCUCAUCGCUCGGACAGCUGUAACGUCGGCGGACACACGGGUGGAUUCAUCAAAGGGUCGACGUUCAGGGCUUCACUCUGUUUGACACUCAGCCAGCGACAGGAUGAUCGAGGAAGGCAGUAAACGAGGCAAGGCCAUGGUGGAGAAGAGACAGCUCUUCAUGGAAAUGAGAGCACAAAACUUUGACGUAAUCAGACUGUCGACUUACAGGACUGCCUGCAAACUCCGGUUUGUGCAAAAGAGAUGCAACCUUCAUCUGGUGGACGUCUGGAACAUGAUCGAAGCCUUUCGUGACAACGGGCUCAACACGUUGGACCACAACGCUGAGAUCAACGUGUCGCGGCUGGAGACUAUCCUGUCUUCCAUCUACUACCAGCUCAACAAGCGGCUGCCCACCACGCACCAGAUCAACGUGGAGCAGUCCAUCGGGCUGCUGCUCAACUUCAUGGUGGCCACCUACGACAGUGAAAGCCAUGGGAAGCUGACCGUUUUCUCAAUGAAAUCCAUGCUGUCGACAAUGUGUGGAGGGAAAAUUGUGGACAAACUACGCUAUAUUUUCUCACAGAUCUCAGACUCAAGUGGAGUCAUGAUGUUUGCAAAGUUUGAUCAGUUUCUUCGGGAGGUGCUCAAACUCCCCACGGCCGUGUUCGAGGGCCCUUCUUUUGGCUACACAGAGCAUUCGGUGCGGACGUGCUUCCCUCAACAGAAGAAGAUUAUGCUGAACACGUUUUUGGAUGUGUUGAUGGCAGACCCUCCCCCACAAUGCCUCGUAUGGCUGCCGCUCAUGCACCGGCUUGCUAAUGUUGAAAAUGUCUUCCAUCCGGUGGAAUGUUCAUAUUGCCGGAGCGAGAGCAUGAUGGGUUUCCGGUAUCGGUGCCAACAGUGCCAUGGCUACCAGCUCUGCCAGAGCUGCUUCUGGCGUGGUCAUGCCAAUGGUCCCCAUAGCAACCAGCACCAGAUGAAGGAGCACUCAUCCUGGAAGUCUCCGGCCAAAAAGCUGAGCCACGCAAUCAGUAAAUCUCUAGGCUGCGUCCCCAUCGGAGAGCCGCCGCAUCCUGUGUUCCCCGAGCAGGCGGAGCGACCGCAGGAACUCACCCACACUGUUCAGCCGAAACCAGUGGCCAACAACAUGAACGACACAAUGCUCAUGUCCUCUGGGGCGCCUACUCCUACCAAAAGUGUCUUGGAGAGUCCCAGUCGGCUAGAUGAAGAGCACCGCCUCAUCGCUCGCUACGCUGCCCGCCUGGCAGCCGAGGCGGGCAACUCCACACAACAAUGUCCUCCAACAGAUCUGGGUUUCAACUUUGAUGCCAAUAAGCAACAGAGGCAGCUGAUUGCAGAGCUGGAGAACAAAAACAGGGAGAUUCUGCAGGAAAUCCAGCGGCUGCGUUUGGAGCACGAGCAGGCCUCUCAGCCGACCCCAGAAAAAGCCUCGCAGAACCCCACGCUCCUGACUGAACUGCGGCUCCUCAGGCACCGGAAGGACGAGCUGGAGAGGCGCAUGUCGGCCCUGCAGGAGAGCAGACGGGAGCUGAUGGUGCAGCUGGAGGGACUCAUGAGGCUGCUAAAGGAUGAGGAGCAGAAGCAGGCUUCCCAGUCUGGAAGCUCCCCUCAUUCCUCACCCAGUCACGGUGCGGGCUGCUCAAUGCCCAUGCCCAUCCGCUCCACCUCGGCUGGGUCCACGCCAACUCACACACCACAGGACUGCCUGGCAGGAGUGGGAGGGGAUGUGCUUGAGGCCUUUGCUCAGGGUGUACCUAGAAAUCUUCGGAAUGAUCUAUUAGUUGCUGCUGACUCAAUCACAAACACCAUGUCAUCACUGGUGAAAGAGCUCCACUCAGUUGAUGAUGGGGGAGUUGAAGAGGAGACCAACAUGAGGAACGGUGGGGACAGAGCCGAAGCAGAAUGAACAACAAAAAGCACAUUGAGAGUACAGAAGCACUGAGGAAAAGUGAAAAAACCAUUCCACCCCGUAAGGACAUAUAGUCAUCAACUGGGAAGAAUCAGUAACAACAACAACAACAACAACAACAACAACAACAACAACAACACCAACAACGACAACCCCUGGCAUUAGCACGUAGAGUAAUGCAUGCUGUAAUCUAACAGGAUUUCACUAUGUGAAAAAAACUUCACACCUUGCAGGUAGCAAGAUGUGUCUAAUUAGCGAGUGUGUAUGUUGUCCUGUAAACAAAAACUGCUGUAAUUACCCAAUGAUUUCCCUCAUGACUGCUAAGGAAUGGCUUGCAGUGCUUUCUCCCCCAACUGUUCCAUAGCAGCAGAUCAUUCUGUAUAUAAAAUACUGUAAACACAUGACCACGGGAACGCCCCGACAUGAAGGUGACAACAUGUUCCCUGUUAUUGCUUUUGUAUGAUUAGCGCUCGUAGUUUCUUUUUGUUUUGUUUUUGUUUAUUUUUUGUUUCUUUUUGCAUGAAGUUGCACUCAUGUUUGGAUUUAGGUACUGUACCAUGCUAUGCCAGCUCUCUGUGGGAUUAUGAUGACAGCUGGGGUGUCAGAAGUGUCUUGCCUCAGAAUUCACACUGAGUGUGUUUACUUGCACAUCCAUAUUCUGAAGUUUGUUAAAAAAAAAAAACUUUAAAGUUUGAAAAAGCAGAAUUCUGGAUAUGCUCCAGUUUCUGUGAAAAGGAUUGUUUGACAUUUUGGGAAAAACACUUAUUCACCUACUUGCUGAAAGUUAGAUAAGAUCGACACCAUUCUCAUAUUUGUGCAAAGGAGCAGUUCGAUAUUUCAAGAAAUUGGCUUAUCUGGUUUCUUAACGAGAGUUAGCUAAUAUCCGUACACUAAAUAUGAAGCUUCUGCCAGCAGCCAUUAAGCUUAGCUUAGCAUAAGACUGGAUACAGCUAGCUUUGCUCUGUCCGGAUGUAACAAAAUCAACCUACCAGCACCUCUACAGCUCAAUAAUUAACAUGUUAUAUCAUGUUUGUUUAAUUCGUUUAAAAACUCAAGUUCAAAAAUGACAAGUUGUGGUUUUAAAGGAUGUCAAAUGAUGGACUAGUUCUUGGCUGAGCACAGUGGCUUCCUGGAGUCUUGUUUUUGAGCUUGCCAAUAAAUAUAGAGCACAAUUUAGCGUCUGUAUGAGAUGCACCAGGCUCUGAGCCAAAUCAAAUGUAAACCCAUCCACUUUAUUAUUAGACUUUUUGAGCAACAAAAUAGUAUAAAGAGUGCAAAAUUUCAUUACAGGUCAUUGGGAGAGAAGGUGGAUGGGUCCAACAAGCACAGGACUUUGACCCAGGAGACCAGUGUUUGUGUCCUGUGUGAAACUAAAAGUCAACGUUUGACACUUCACUUAUUAGUGUGAGUCUACUGACAUAACUAACAUCAUCCACGAUCGUUUCCUAACUGUAACCAAGUAUUUUUGUUGCUAAAGCUAUCCGCCGACCCCUUAUGCAACAAGAUACUAAGCAAAAAUCUGUGCUUCUGCCAAAGAACCAAAUAUGAUAAUCAGGAUUGAGCUUAUUUAAUAUUCUUUUCUUUUUUUUAAAGAUUAUUUUGGGGGACUUUUGACCUUUAAUCAACAGGACAGAUUCAGCUUGAAAGAGGGAGAGAGGGGGGCAAAGGGCCAAGGUUGGAGUCAAACCUGUGGCCACUGCAGCAAGAACACAGCCUUUGUACAAAGCUAGUGGGCGCCUUAUGCGCUGACUAUCUGUUGUUAAAGUGAGAUGACAGACAAAACCACAAUGUUGUCGUUCUUCCAUUUUGUUUUUAUACAGACUAAACAACGGAGAUAUUGCCAGGCUAGCUCUUUCUCCAUGUGUCCAGUCUUCACGCCAAAUUAAGCUGACCAGCUGCUGGUUGUAGUUUUACAUUUACUUG